ACUACCGCCCCUAGCGGCUCCCGGGCGUCGCCACGUCGGCUCCGCAGGGCUAGGCCAGGCUCGGGCGGCGCCGGCGGAGUCGGCCGGGCCCGGGGGUCGUUACAUCCGUGCGACCCGUUGCGACGCAGACAUGGCGGCCGAGACGAGCCAGCAGGAUGCCGAAGCGGAAGGGCUGAGCGCCAAGACGCUGCUGCCGAAACUGAUCCCCGCCGGCGUGGGCCGCGAGUGGCUGGAGCAGCGGCGCGCCACCAUCAGGCCUUGGGGCACCUUCGUGGACCAGCGGCGCUUCUCGCGGCCCCGCAACCUGGGCGAGCUGUGCCAGCGCCUCGUCCGCAAUGUGGAGUUCUACCAGAGCAACUACGUGUUCGUGUUCCUGGGCCUCAUCCUCUACUGCGUGGUGACCUCCCCUAUGCUGCUCGUGGCUCUGGCCGUCUUCUUCGGCGCCUGUUACAUCCUCUACCUGCGCACCCUGCAGUCUAAAUUUGUGCUUUUCGGCCGUGAGGUGACCCCAGCCCAUCAGUAUGCACUGGCGGGGGGCGUCUCCUUUCCCUUCUUCUGGCUGGCAGGUGCAGGUUCAGCCGUCUUCUGGGUCCUGGGAGCCACCCUCGUGGUCAUCGGCUCCCACGCUGCCUUCCACCAAAUUGAGCCAGCAGAUGGGGAGGAACUGCAGAUGGAGCCUGUGUGAGGUGCCCCCCCCAGGACUAAACAGCACCCCCUCAAACCCUGCCCCCCCACCCCGGGACCCUGAUGUCUCUACUGUCCCCACCUGAGGCCCCCGCCCCACCACCAGUGGGGCAAAGAGUCCAGCUUCAGAAUUAAAACUGACCAUUGUCAUUCCGCA